ACGGUUUGUUUUCCUGUGCAAGUUGCUUCCCUUUGACUCAAAAAACCUGAGCUGCCUCUGUUAAGCAGCUAAGGCUGCACUUCCUUGCUAACCUCUGUAAAAAAACAGGAACCCUUCUAACGUAUUGCCAGUUUUUCUUUUCCAUCUGGGUUGCUUCACUUCUUUGUUUCAGCUUCUGGGUCUUCAUUUUCUGAAUCAAUUUACCAACUCAGCCAGAUAAUUUAUCAUGGAUUGGUACAUUGGGAGCAAUAUUGACGAAUUUGUUGUCCCAAAGAAGCAAGAACUAUCAGAUAGGUUCCCGUCACCAGAAAGUUGGCCAAAAUGGGGAAUAAGCGAGUCAGAAAGUUUUGAGUUUCCUAACGAAAGUUUUGUUAUUGAUUCAAAAUUGACUCAUGAAGUACUCAACUUCAAUUUCUCUAAUGAAGUUGAGGUGGAAAGUUCUGUCCAUGAUAAAGACCAGUCUAGUUCAAUUAUAGGGGGAGGAUCAUCAGAGGAGUCUCUUCAGCAAACUGCUCUUUCACGUGACCAUUUGGAUUACCAGCUUGAUGGCCUUGCAGGAUUUGAACAUAUGGAUGACCAAUUCUUGAGUUCAUUAAUGGAAGAUCCUCCUGGGACUGAAAAUCUUCACAAGUCAUUUUACUUUGAGCCUGAAUUGCUAAAUUGCAUUGAAGGAGAUGAUAAUAUCUCGACAUACUCAAUUUUAGAUGCACAAAGAAUUUCCAGUGACGCAUAUAGCAUGGGAAGCUCUAAGUAUCUCAAAACACAUGCAUUUUCUCCAUCAAUGGAUCCAGAGGAAGGCAAAGUUUCUGCUUCUCCGCCGUUUAUUCCAUCCAAUUCAGAUCUAAAGAAUUGCCCAUUGUUAAAGGCAUCACUGAUAAAAGUCUUGGCCCCUUCUGAGCAUAAAGGUUUGAAUGAACAUGUGGAUGAGGAAACAUCUCUUGAAGAAACUGUUUUACAGGAGCUAGCAAUGGUGAUGGCACAGUUGACAGAUAAGACUCGAAUGUGUUUUCGUGAUGCCUUUUACCGUCUGGCCAAUACCUCAAGCCAGCAUGUGACAUGGGACCGAAAUGGAAACCUUUCCAUGGAAAGCUCCCCAUGGACAUGUCAAGAAGACAAAAUGAGGCCUGGACGAAAGAAAACUAUGGAAUUGGAAACCAACGCCAUUGACAGAGCCCUUACAAAUCUCAUGUUCAACAAGACAUACUUCAAUGUACAUGAUUUUCCUGUCUCAUCAUUAGCAAGUUCCAAACAAGAAAGUCUCAAAGCAACCUGACCAUGCAACUAUAGUUCAAAUCAACCACAAAUUCAUAAUCUUUCUCACUAUCCAAUUUUCUCAAGUGAUACCGAGGUUCCAAUCCUUUGUCAAGGAUAUUGGCAAACAAGGGCAAUUCAAGAUCUACAUAUCAUUGGAAAUCCUGCAGAGAAGAUAAUGUAAUAAAGUUUAUGGUAAUGUUUUGGGGAUGCUAGUUUUUAGAAUGAAACAAACUAUGAGAUUCCAUGAAAUAUGUACUGUGUCAAGGAAAAAUAGAUCUUGACAAACUCUCUGCAAUGUGUUUCAUUUCUUAAUGUAUAUACCAAGUGAUUCACUAUACCGGUAGGUAUACAUAUAUGCUAGGUUAGAGGACUUGCUGCCUUCCCUUGGCUCAAUUCUGUAACAUACCUAUAAACCAUUUUGUUAACUUGUGAGAAAAAUGAAUAUGCGUCUGUUAUUUCUAUUUGUAA